GUGCUGUCUGUCUAUUUGAAUGUAUCCUGUGCUGUCCAAAAGCAGUAACCCUAAUGGUUUGGAAAAGAAAAUUAAAAAUCGGAACCGAAGACGACAUUAAUAAAGCCAUUAGGGAAACCGUUCUUGGUCGAUAGCAUCAGAAACCACAUUUGAACUUCGUUUAUAGCGAGGCUACGGAGCUAACGUUAGUUAGCCAGCUUCGUCUACGACUAUUUCCAACAAAAAUACAGAAACAAGAUCCUGCAUGGCCCGUGUGUAGCUGUCGGAUCGAGGUCCCAGGCGUGAGGAAGCAGGUGCGGCGGUGCGGCAGGCUGGAGUGUCGAGAUGAAGGCCACCCACCAGAAGAACUCGGUGCGGAUUCUGGCUGGCCGCGAGCGGGGUGCCCAGGGGCAGGGGUCCCAGCGCCUCCUGCAGCAGCUUGUGGAGGAAAAGGCCCGCUGGAUGAAAUGGCAGAGCCAGAAAGUAGAGUUACCGGACAGCCCUCGCUCAACAUUCCUGCUGGCAUUCAGCCCAGACAGGACCCUAAUGGCUUCUACUCAUGUCAAUCACAACAUUUACAUCACGGAGGUGAAAACGGGCAAGUGCAUUCACUCCCUGGUGGGCCACCGCCGCACCCCGUGGUGCGUGACCUUUCACCCUACCAUUUUGGGACUGGUGGCCUCCGGGUGCCUUGAUGGAGAGGUCCGCAUCUGGGAUCUGCAUGGCGGCAGCGAGAGCUGGUUCACCGAGAGCAACGUGGCUAUCGCUUCCCUGGCCUUCCACCCCACCGCCCAGCUCCUCCUCAUCGCCACUAACAACGAGGUCCACUUCUGGGACUGGAGCCGGCGGGAGCCCUUUGCCGUGGUCAAGACCGCCAGCGAGACAGAGAGAGUCAGGUUGGUCAGAUUUGAUCCCUUGGGUCACAACCUUUUGACAGCCAUUGUCAACCCUUCGAACCAACAGAGCGAUGACGACUCCGAGGUUCCCAUGGACAGUGUGGAGAUGCCUCCCCACUUCCGCCAGCGCUCCUUCCUGCAGUCCCAGCCCGUGCGCCGCACACCCAUCCUGCACAACUUCCUGCACAUCCUCUCCUCCCGCAGCUCGGGGUCGCAGGCCGGGGAGCAGCCCCCACCCGCCGAGGAGAGCCCCGCCCCUCCCAGCCUGCCCUCGGGCCGCUACACCUCCCUCCGCGACCGGCCCGCCUACCAGGGCUGCGUGCAGCACCUGGGCAUGGUGUGCUUCUGCAGCCGCUGCUCGGUGGCCCGCACCUCCUCGCCCGGCGAGGACUCUUCCUCCGCCCCGUCCCCGCCCCCGGCCUCCUCCGAGCUCCUGCCCCACCACGCCUCCACCUUCUCUUCGGCCCGCACGGAACCCCGGCAGCCCUCGGAGCCCCGCGGCCCGGACCGCCCCUCGGCCUUCAGCAGCGUGUACGGCAGCACCGCCGGGAACUCCCUGCGCAGCCUGUCCUCCGCCCCCUCUGCCCGCCGCGGGCUCCUGGGCCUGGUGGCCAGCCCGCCCCUGAGCCACCAGCAGGCCAGCCGCGACCCCUCCGGACGCCUGGCGGGCGCCGACUGGACGGGCAGCAUGCUGAACGUCCGCUCGGAGGGCGGGAGCGGCGGGAUGCCCCCUCCCAGGACUAGCGCCUCCUCCGUCAGCCUGCUGUCGGUGCUCAGGCAGCAGGAGGGCACUUCGCAGACGCCCGUCUACACUUCUGCCACCGAGGGGCGGGGAUUCCACUCGCCUGGGGCUGGCCCCAGUGGCGGCAGUGGCAGCAGCAGUGGCAGCAACCUAGGGGGCGGGGCCGGCACCAGCAGCGGGCACCACCCCCUGGGAGAGGGAGGGCGGAACAGCCCUGCCUCUAUCCGCAAGGUCCUCCAAUGCAACUUGAGCCGGUACUUCAUGGAAUACGACCGCCUGCAGGACAUGGAGCAGUCCAUGGGCGCGGAGGGUGGCCCAGAGCAGCCUGCGACCACGCAGGAGCUGCUCAACAACAACAUGGACCCUGAUCGGCCCGGCCCCUCCCACUACCAGCCGCCACCCCACAGCAGUGAGAACAACUCCAGCCUCUCACGGGGCCACCUUAACCGCUGCCGGGCCUGCCACAACCUGCUCACCUUCAACCAUGACACGCAGCGCUGGGAGCGCACUGGCCAGGCCUCCUCCACCUCCAAUGAGGAGGCUUCCCCCUGGCAGCCUUCCAGCUCCGCCUUCGAGGCCCUGGGCCAGGGGGGAUCACGAGAGCCCCAUCCCCCUGAGAGGAGGGCAGUGGCCGUGGCCACAGUACCCACUGGGGCAGGCCCUGUUGCUGACCCAGCUUUUCCCCGCCCGGGGUCCUCCAGCCAGCAGGGGGAGCAAACUGUGGGGCUGGUGUACAACCAAGAGACGGGCCAGUGGGAGCGAGUUUACAGGCAGUCCGCCGCCAGCCGAACCAGGAAUGUAUCACAAGAGGCCUUAAACCAGGAAGUGCCUGAGGAGAACUCGGACGAGGAUUCCCUGAGGAGGAGGCUGUUGGAGUCCUCUCUCAUCUCUCUGUCUCGAUACGACAUGUCAGGAUCCCGAGACCAUCCCAUUUAUCCAGAUCCUGCCAGGUUGUCCCCAGCUGCGUACUAUGCCCAGCGAAUGAUCCAGUACCUGUCUCGGCGAGACAGCAUUCGCCAGCGCUCCCUGCGUUAUCAGCAGAACCGACUGCGGCCUCUUGCCGCCUCCUCCUCGGACAGUACUGCGAGUAACACAGCCCCCUCCAUGGAGAACAACGAAGUAGACUUUGAGGAGUACGAGGAUAAUGGAGACCGGGCAAGACACAGAACUCCACGCAAUGCUCGCAUGUCCGCCCCCUCUCUGGGUCGCUUUGUUCCUCGGCGAUUCCUGUUACCGGAAUACCUGCCCUAUGCCGGGAUUUUCCACGAGAGAGGCCAGCCCGGUCUGGCCACUCACUCAUCUGUCAAUCGAGUCCUGGCAGGUGCGGUGAUCGGAGAUGGCCAGUCCGCCGUGGCCAGCAACAUCGCCAACACAACCUACCGGCUCCAGUGGUGGGACUUCACCAAGUUUGAUCUCCCUGAGAUCAGUAACGCCUCUGUCAACGUGCUGGUGCAAAACUGCAAGAUCUACAACGACGCCAGCUGCGACAUCUCAGCCGACGGGCAGCUCCUGGCAGUCUUCAUCCCCAGCAGCCAGCGGGGCUUCCCGGACGAGGGAAUCCUGGCCGUCUACUCUCUGGCCCCGCACAACCUGGGGGAGAUGCUCUACACCAAGAGAUUUGGUCCCAACGCCAUUUCAGUCAGCCUGUCGCCCAUGGGCCGCUACGUGAUGGUGGGCCUGGCCUCCCGUAGGAUCCUGCUGCACCCCACCACCGACCACAUGGUGGCGCAAGUGUUCCGCCUGCAGCAGCCCCACGGUGGAGAGACGUCUAUGCGGAGGGUCUUCAACGUGGUCUACCCGAUGGCCCCGGACCAGCGCCGGCACGUCAGCAUCAAUUCCGCCCGGUGGCUUCCCGAGCCGGGCUUAGGGCUGGCCUACGGGACCAACAAGGGGGACCUGGUCAUCUGCAGGCCUGUGGACUCCCGGUCAGACGGAGACGGUCCUGCCGACCACAGCGCAGAGCCCAUGUUUAGCGUCAACAACAGCAACAGCACCAGCAGUGCCAGAGGGGCUGAGCGACACGGUCUCCUGUACGCAAGGACGAGCAGGGCAAACUGGAGGUCUGACAGGGACAUGGGCCUGAUGAACGCGAUUGGUCUUCAGCCCCGUCACCCCGCCCCCUCGGUGACGUCACAGGGUACGCAGACGCCCAUCCUGCAGCUGCAGAACGCGGAGACGCAGACGGACAGGGAUCUGCAGGAGCCCAGCACCUCUCAGGCCGCCACCCACGUCCCGGGAGACCUGGAGACCCCCUCCACAAGCAGCGGCGGCGGCAGCGGUGCGGAGAGGAGACCCGAGACGCCCCCCCGCGCCCAGCCCCAGGACGGCAGGCCUGCCGAGACCUCCACGGAGGCCGGCACCAGCACCGCCGGCACUGGGGAGGCCUCCGAGUACGGCUCCAGCGAGGACGCCCUGUCGCGGAUCCGCCGGCUGAUCGCCGAAGGCGGGAUGACGGCCGUGGUGCAGCGGGAGCAGAGCACCACCAUGGCCUCCAUGGGCGGCUUCGGCAACAACAUCGUGGUGAGCCACCGCAUCCACCGCGGCUCGCAGACCGGGGCGGACCAGGGCGGGGCCCGGGGCCCCCGGGGCAACGGCGGGCCGCGCAACAACAACGACGACAACGACGACGACCCCCCCGCCUCCCCGCCCGGCCCCUCCACCUCUUACCGCUUCUCCGGCGCCGCCGCCCGCACCCCCGGUGAACACGUCCGCGGCCACACCCGCAUCCUGGCCCCCGCGCUGCGGCUGACCGACGGGCUGCCCGGCCCCCCCGAGCGCGCCGGUGCGGCGGCGGUGGCGGCCCUGCAGUUCCCCCCCGACUUCGCCCCCCGCGUGGGGCCCGGGGCGGAGCUCGCCGCGCCCAUGGACAUAGACGACGUGUUUGAGAGCGGCCGCUUGGGCUCCUCCUCGCCUUCCUCCUCCUCCUCUUCCUCCUCCUCUUCCUUCUCCCCCGACUCCUCCCCUUCCGUCAACACCAACAACAAUAACAAUGGCGGCCUCGGCGGCGGCGGUGACCAGCUGGGCGACCCUUACAGCAGGUAGAUUGGCGCCCUGGCAUCCAGCUGCUGAGGCGCACACGGGCCCGUGGCCAGUGGGCAGCUUAGAGGCGUGGGCAGCCAGUGGGCACUGGAGACCUGCGUCAGAGACAGUGUUACAGACACAGGGGCGGUUUCUGUUCGAUCUGACCCGGUGGCGUCCGCUCCACCCUCAGCCUUACUUGCUCGAGUAUAGGUGCUGAUAUUUCUUGGGGCUCCCCCUCCCCUGCCUGUGCCCACCACACUAACCCAUGAAAAAAAAAAAAACACGCAAAGCCCGACCCCAUCCCUUCCUCUUCUUCUGUUACUGAUGUUUUUCUAAAGCUAUGGUAUUUAUUCAGGUCCUGGGGUGGUGUCCAUUUAUUUACAUUGCACUUAAGAGUUUUGCUCAGACCCAGUCGAGAAAGAGAACCUAGUACUAUGAUCAUUCCAUGUCAAAGAGUUGUACUUGAAUUAUUUUACUACUAGGGCACCUGAGCUGGGUUUGCAAUCCUUCUAAUCCACGUAGGCCUGGAAAGCAAAGGUUAGUGCGUCCGAAGUGCCAUGUAACUACAUGAUAGCAACACCUUACGGUCUCUUAAGAAAUGUAGACGUUUUACAGAGGUCUACAGCAGUCAGUGCCAUGUGAUUAAAUGCAGUCUCUUUAAAAAAAAAUUACAAAAAAAAAGGCAUAACAUUACCAGCCCAGCAGCUGUGAGGUCAAAUGUUUCUUAGCUGUAAAAAGAAAAAAAAAAGAAGAAGAAAAAAGAAAAAAAAAAUGCUGUUGGCGCACUCUUGUUAUAUAACGCAUUGAUACAGUUGACUAAUGGUUUGCUGCUUUCCCGCUGGAAACAGCAAGAGCUAAGCCAAGGUUCUCAUGAUGAGGACGACAUACCUUGGUCCCUUCUUGCAGCUUCUUCCAUUUUCAUCCCCAGAAUAAAUUGCACGUCUGGUUCUUGCAAUGUUUUGUUGCGGCAGAUUAAAGCUACCGUGGCCACAUUCCUUGAAGUGCGAAACGAAAAAAGAAAAAAAAAUGCUGUUGAAAAUCAAAAAGAUCGAACAUUUUCCAUUACUCUGAUAACAGAAGUACCUGUAAAAGCAUGUUUUCUGUAAUGCUGCAUCUAACAAUUAACAAGGGAGCACUAUAAAUAUUGAAAUGUCGUGUUUUGCUGAUGGAACGUACAGUAUAGGUCGGAAACACACCUUGCAAAGGUAUCAUAGUUUUUAAAAUAAAAAAAGGAAAAAAAAAAAGAAAAAAAAAGACAAGCGUGCCGUAGUCCUUAAGGACGGAGGUUCACUCUGAUAAGCACCAUCCUUCCUGUCUUGUUGCACUAGCAGUUUUGGACCAGUGGACCAGUGGUGAGGGUUAGCGUCAGGACCGUCCCCUCCCCCCCCUUCGAUGUACUGUAAACGUCCGGAUGUGGAAUCCGAUCUGCGCCAGCCACUGGUCCUCAACAGAAAAACUUGAUCUCUUACGACCCGAGGUCGUUACCACUAGAAUUCAGUGAAACUUGACGGUUGACAAAACCCCCACCCUGCCCCCGCCACCCCACCCCAAAGACUUGACAGCAGGUUUGAGGGUUAGGGAAACUCUUAAAGCCUUAAGAGCACUGGGGGAGGUAGGGAGCGUUCACAAAGCAAACGGGGGGCCUCUGUCGAGGCCUUCAGCCAAGUCCCAGCUCCAGCAAAAAGCAGCGCUCAGACGCUCUGUAGAAGAGCACGUGUGUAUGUGUGUGUGUGUGUGUGUUCGCGCGCGCGCAGGGGGGACUGACAGCGGGCUAAUGUAGCAUCGGUUCAGACGGCUCUGCAUCGAUGCUGCUGUCGGCUAGUUUGACCCGGGGCGGAAAAAAAAAGGCUGUGAAUGUGAAUAAUGGCCGUCCACUGAAUAUGCUGAUCACAGAACAAAGCGAGUCCCUGCUGAACCGUAGGUCGAAAGAAGAAACUUGAAUUUCUCAGUCCCUGUUUUUAUGCAGUCCGUCACUGCCCGGCCUACCUACCGAGCUGCAGAUCAAAGCCUGGUCUCCGGCACUGUCUGGCUAGCGUCUCUGGCCAGGCCGCGUCCAGAGCUCGGCUUACAUUUCAGUCGUGUGUCUGAGGAAAUUUAGCUCUCGGCUACUCGGCUAUAGAGGGGGUCCCGUUCCCCAGAGCUCUAGCAACCAACAGCAGCGCCCCCCCUUCCCCCGAUGGUGUGGUCAGACCCCUCUGCCUUAUCUCGCCAGCCAGGCCCGUAGACUUGAAGUACACCCUCCGUUGUCCUUUUUAAGAACAAAUGUGAUGCUCUAGACACAAUACGUCUGAAAACCAGAAAAUGCACUCAAAACAGUGGCAUAUAAUAUAAACAAAGUGGGAAAAAAAAUGGUAUGCUUUAGCUAUCCAACAGAAGCCAAUUUUUAUAUAACCAUACACAUUAGUAUGAUUUGUUUUUGCAAGGUUUAUUUUUUUUUUUGUUUUUUUUUUUGUUUUUUUAAAUGCUAUUUAUUGUGAGAUAUGAGAAAGUAACAGACAACCAUGUCACUGUACCAUCUGUUUUGAGUAUCUUUGUUUGGAAAACAGAAUGAAGGAACCGUUUCGAAUGGGUUGGUAUGUGGGCAGUGGAGGACUCUUCUAGGCAGAGCUCAGCAAGUUAUUAACUGCAUGACUGGAAGCCGCAGUUACGCUCACGGAAGAGUAGGAAAAGUUACAACAAAAAAAAAAAAAAAAACUGAAAAAUGUGGCGAGUGGGUGGCUUGUAAGAAGCAUUACACUUUUUUUUGGAAUGUUCCCCCUGGCUUUACUUGAUUAACUGGACUUCUUUAAAGCACUCUGGCUAUUGUUUUUAAUGGUAGAUCGUCUGUGUUUUUGUUGUCGAUCCUGUUAAAUCCCCCCCUUUUUUUGUCCAUCUCUAGUCUUCCCCUGAGACAAAUGGGUACAUCUCUGUACAUAAUGCAGAUCUCACACACACACACACACACACACACACACACAGCACACAGAAGAAAUCUGUCUCACAAUCCGUGGCAGUUUUAUGAUACCAGACAGUAAUGUUGGUUAAUUUUAAUUCAAAUUGUACUUUAUGAUUUUGUUUUCUUUCUUGAAGAGAAGUUGAUAGACUUCACUUACAAGAAUGUACCAUGCUGGCCUGGGAAUAAGCACUGUAUGUGUGUGCACCCAGAUGUGGGCUGGUGACCAAUGAUCCUAAUGAAACUGUCAUACUAAAGAUAAAACUGGGACAGUGUGGAACGAAUUAAUUUCCUUUUAUUUGCAUCAUGCCUGCAUCUGGGGUGCUAUGUUUCAGUAUUCCCAUCAUCUGACACAAUUCAACAAAACCCAAACUUGAAAACAAAAUAUGUUCAGAAUCUUGCGAUAGCCAUUAUUUUUAUUAUUUAGUUUUUUUUUUUUGUUUUUUUUUUUGCUGGAUUUAGUUUGAACCAUGAUGGUGUAGUUUACAGCAGUUCUUGUAAUCAGGUGGCAGUGUAUAGUGAGAGGGGUAGUCCAUCCAAGCAAAGUUACUGUGCAGAUCAUUUGUGUUUCUGAAGUGCCGAGUCAGUCCAGGUGAAAUACCGGUGGAGCUAUCCGUCAAUCAAGGUUGGACACCUCAGGCCAUUAUUUUUAAUCGUGCCUGAAUUUUACACCUUUGAAUGAAAAGGGUCCGUGUCACUGAGGAAACGUUGUUGCCAUGACAACUUUUUUUUUUUUUUAACAGGCAGCAGUGGCAGAAAGUAUACAAAGAAUAAAACAAAAGAAAAAUGCAUGCCUCAGACAACUUGUUUUGUGCCUUGAGGAUGGUACAUAGCGGACAUGACUGACCUGCUAACGGAGCUGGGUUAUCCGGGCUCUUGUGGACAUAUAGUUCUGCUAUGUUUCCAUAGCGAUUGCUAACCGGGCCUUUAUUUGAAGUUGAAUGUAUGCUUCACACAGCCACAAAAGGAUUUAAUCUUGUAUAUAAGUGGUUUGACAAUUAGCAGUGAUUUUUGUUGUUUGUCGUUUUUUCUUUUUUCUUCGUGUUUUGGAGUUUUUUAUAUUUUGAAACGAAGAGGCUUCGCUGAGUUCUGUAGUCGGUGUGCUUGAGUAACGGACAAUCGGGAAAAGGCGUGUCGAACCCACUUGCUUUAAGGAUCGUGCAGACUGAAUGCGGAUUAGAUCCUUUUUACACACGCGCCCGCGCGCACACGCACACAUACGCACACACACACACUUAUAUGUGAGUUGUAAAUAAACUAACGUGUUAAAAGUUGAGUUGAGGAAAGGUGGAUUCAUGGUUCAGUCCUUAUGUAAUAUAUGUAAUAUACAGCCAAUGCAUACAUGGUUAUCGAAUUACUUGAACACUGCAACGGUAACCACGGUUUUGUUUUUGUUUGUUUUGGAAAUUUCAGUUGCUUUCUUGUCUUUUACUGAAGUCAUCCAAACGGUGGGAGGUCGGAAUAUCACUGCUAAUUUCAAACCUUGUCUUUUGGUGUGUAAAGUAUACAUUUGUGUGUUUUGUUUUGUUUUUUUUUUUGUUCCUCUGGGAAUGGCGUGAUUUUGCAGGUCAUUAUCAGUGGUUUCCUCCACUGGUUAAAAUUAAUUCAGAAAGUGUGCUAAUUAUUUAAGGAUGCAGGCCUUGUGGGCUUGUAUGCAUCUGACAUUAAGGCCAUUGCGGGAAGGACUCUUCUCCUUUCGUGUAGUACAGUACUUAGGUUUUUGGCCUCAGACUGCUGGAAGAAGUAGACAGUGGAGCAGGUGCAUUUUAAAAGAGGAAAAAUGCAUUCAUAAGUUGCAAGUUGUCACCUAAUCUUGUUUGAACACUCCACCAUCAAUUUGCUACUGUAUAUGCGCAAGUCUGAACCAGUCUAAAAACAUAACAUAGGGCAUCUCACAGCUUCUGCGUCAUCACUGGUCUUUCUGUUGUGAAAUCUGACUUGAUCGACAAGAUACUUUCUCAUCACUGUUUUCCGAUUGACUCAUGACCAGAAUGAGUUUUUGUUUUCAGUGUUGUGUUUUCUUCUGAACACAUUAGCCUUCCAAGCCUUAAAUGUUUUUUAGUUUUUUUUUCCCUCCAUUUUUUUUGUAUGGUCCCUGAAAAAGUAUACCUCUGACUGUACAUCAAGAAAAUGUUUACAUCCCUUUGUCAUGAAGGCAAACUUGCGGGACCGACACUUGUCAGGUCCUGUACAGCAUUGCUCAAUUCGACAGAUUCAAAUCAAAGUAUACACAAUCAAGAAUUUUUUCCCCUCAAUUUCUUCACAACCCAAAUGUAAUGGAACUCCUCAGUGUUCCAACCAAAAGUUUAGUAAAUGCUGAUAGGGGUUUUUCACUCAUUAAGUUUAAUUUUACUCUUUUAGCCAGUUUUUAAGGUUUUUUUUGUUUGUGUGUCACCAAUCACCAUGUACAGAAAUGCCUUGAAGUGGUUUUUGGUUCAUUAUGUGGAGUUUGAACCUGAUUUGUUAUUUUUCAGCAUUGUUGCUUUUGGUUUUAUGGUGGAAUGUCAUCUUGUGAUCAGGAAGAAAUGGAGCUCGUUGGGAGUGAUUGUUUCUCCUUUGAAUUGAGUUAAGCUAAACCAUUGUGUUGAAUUAAAGAGGGUAGAUAUACUGCCACACUUGCAGCUUGUCAGAUAUGUAGCACACUCAUCAGUGGUUCAUUUUCACUGUUCAUCUGUUGCAGUAUAUGCCGUACACUACCUACAUAGUCUUGGUUAAUUGUUUUAUAUUUGCUGGUUUGCUUUCCAUCAGAUUUCAUAUCUUUGUAUAUUACACAUACACAUUCUCUCAUCCGGUUUUUCUAUCUGCUCCGCCCUACGGAAUGGGAUAUGCAAAUUUUAAUUUUUCAUUUUAUUUUAAUAACUCAAUAUGUAAUUGGAUUUGCACAACACUUAACUUGAAUAUAAGGAUUUCAGCACUAGGCUCUGCUAACCACUUUUUAUCAUGACAAUGAAACAUGGUAUAUGCUUACGAAUAUUCAACAGGUUAACUGCACAACUUUGCUUACAUAGGCUGUCUCGGAAAAUGUAAUCUUUGUUUCUUGAAAAUGCAGUAGAAAGACGAGAUUCAUUGCACCGUCCUUCAGCUGUUCCUUUACAUGCAUUUUGUAACCCUCCAAGGGGGCUUUUUUUUGUUUUGUUUUUUUUUUUUGUGCAGAGCAGGUUUCAUGUACCUGGUAUCUUUCUCUCCCUUGUCUGCAUGUUAUCUGCUGACUGUAUGUGUAGUUAACAAGGAAGUGUCUUUUUUGUAGGAAACAAUGUGAUUUAAGGGUUUUUGUAUCUAUAUUUUAGAAGCAAAAUGGAGAAUAAUAGUCAAAGUGCAACUAAGUGCUGUGGGAACACCAAAGAUAAUGAAAAUAAAUAAUAAAAAAGGAAACUUGAA